GGGGGAGCCUCUUCCCCUCCUGUUUUGCCCUUGAGUCACGCGUCCGUUAUUCGGGCUGGCCGGCUUCGCGGGGCGGGUGCCGAGGGAGGCGCUGGGCCGGCCCAUGCAGAGCCAGGAGGGAGGGAACCGGAGCUGGCCGCCUUCCCCAGUUGUCUCGCGUGCCUGCCAGAGGAAAAGCGGGAGGGAGGCGUCCGCGAUCAGCGCAGGGUCUUCCCUAAGGACGACCACCACGCCCAUCAUCCUCAGCCGGUCCGCGUACCGGGAGCCAGAAUAGGGCCGCAAUACGGGACCGGGGGCGCCAGGUUGCAGAAGCGACAUGCGGACCGGCGAGUCGCGCAUGCGCACGCUCCGGCGCAGGCGUCCUUCCAGAGAAGGGACUCGGAUUGGCUGCCCGUCUCCUCGCGCGGUUGCCGGGCAGAAAAUCGCGCGGGGCUUCCGUCGCGCGACCCGGAAGGUGAUGGCUGCGCCGCCGCGCGGAGGGGAGCUGCGGCUGCUCUGUCUCCACGGCUACGGCCAGAACGCCGAGCGGUUCCGUGCCCGGACCGGCGCGCUGCGAAAGGCCCUGCGAGGCCGCGCCCGGCUCCUUUACCUGGACGCGCCGCACCGCCUGCCCGCCGAGGAGCAGCCGGGGCCCGAGGGCGGCGGCGGCGGCGGCCCGCGCGGGUGGUGGCCGGAGGCGGCGGCCCGGCCUGAGCCCGAGGCGGCGCUGCGGGCGGUGGCGGCGGCGCUGGCGGAGCUUGGCCCGGUGGACGGCCUGCUGGGGUUCAGCCAGGGCGCGGCGCUGGCCGGGCUGCUGUGCGCGCUGCGGGAGCGCGGGGACGGGCGCUUCCCCUUCGGCUUCGUCCUGCUGGUGGCCGGCUUCCCCGUGGCCGAGGCGGCGGGGGCGGCGGCGGGGGCUCUGCGGGUGCCCAGCCUGCACGUCUUCGGGCGAGACGACCGCGUCAUCCCGGCGGCGGAGAGCCGGGCGCUGGCCGAGCGCUUCGCCCGCCCCGCCCUGCUGGCCCACGACGGCGGCCACUUCGUCCCAGCAGCCGCCGCGCAGAGGGCCGCCUACCUGGGCUUCCUGCGCCGCUUCGAGGGCCCCGCGGAGGACGAGCUAGGACCGCCCGGACCGCCGCCGACUCCCCCGCGCGCCUCGGACUCGCGCUCGGCGGUUUCCCUGCGGGGCUCAGGCGAAGGUCUCUUGAAUCAGGCGGCGGCUGGAGGAGGAGGAGGAAGAGGAGGAAAGCCCCGCACCGGAGACCCGCAAGACACCGAGCCGGCCUCUCCCUCAAGCGGUCUAUAACGGCCCCUGCCUGCAGGCUGCACUGCUGCAAUUAAGGGACUUUUUGGGAUACAAGACCAGUCCAGUUUGGAGCCCUGGAAGCCGUGCUGUGCUUCAGGCUGACUCUCCCAAGUACCAGGCUUGGCUGAUCACAGUGGCGGGACUAGCCAGGCACCCAGGUUGCAGAACCGCUUUUCAUCUUGGCUCAGGGACAGAUUUCAGGAUUAAACUGAAGAGGGGACUACGAAACCGACUUUUGUCCUGGGAUGUAGGACCUGCUGUUUGUCAGUAUGUUUGGAGGAAGAAUGGGCAGGUCUGCUUGACUCAUCUCAAAGGCUGCAAGAUAAGCGUCUUCUUCCCAGAUAAGAGGAUUCCUGCCUCUCCUGCCAUCUGAAUCACAGCCCUAAUGAGGGUGUCAACAACCUUCCUUUGGUCCUCCUUGCUCAGGUCCGGUCCUGAGAGAGGAAGGAGGAAGGCUGGGAAUCUGGGGUUUUCCAUCCCAAUAGAGCCUCCAUAACAGGUCUGGAUGUUCUCGGAAAGCUAUAACCAAGUCAAAGUGACAGUGGAUUAGGCUUUUGAUUCCAGGGAUUGUGGUUGCAGUUUGCCUCCAGAAGUUAGAGUUUGCCUCCAGAAGUUAGAGGUUUUUAAGAAGAGAUUCGACAGCACCUGUCUGACAUGGUAUAGCAGGGGACUAUUCUAGAAGACCUCCAUGGUCCCUUCUAGCUCUCUUCUGAUUGGUUGAUAAGGAUUUUAAGCUUUAUUUUAAUAGGGGUCAUUAAAUGAUCUUGUACUUGUGA